CGCUCCUUUCCUUGGUGUCCUUUAAAUGAGGACUCCCUGCCAGAGCCGGGGGAGGCAGAUCUGCAGAGGCUUCCUCUCCGCCGCUGACCCCUGCUUACAUCACUAACCUGUGACAGGCACAUCUCCACACCCGGGACCUGCUUCUCCAGCAGCUCCCAGUCCAGUCCCAAGAGCCUCUUUGUAUACCGCCGACAUGGCCAGCCAGCAGGAUUCCGGCUUCUUUGAGAUCAGUAUCAAAUAUUUACUGAAAUCCUGGAGUAAUACUUCUCCAGUUGGCAACGGUUAUAUCAAGCCUCCAGUUCCACCUGUUUCUGGCACACAGAGAGAGAAAGGGCCACCAACCAUGUUACCCAUUAACGUGGACCCAGACAGCAAACCAGGAGAAUAUGUCCUCAAGAGUUUAUUUGUCAACUUUACCACUCAGGCUGAGCGCAAGAUUCGCAUCAUUAUGGCAGAACCUCUGGAAAAGCCAUUGACAAAAUCUCUACAACGUGGAGAAGAUCCCCAAUUUGAUCAAGUCAUCAGCUCAAUGAGCUCCCUUUCCGAGUACUGCCUGCCUUCCAUUCUACGUACAUUAUUUGACUGGUAUAAAAGGCAAAAUGGCAUUGAGGAUGAAUCACAUGAAUACAGACCAAGAACAAGCAAUAAAUCAAAAAGUGAUGAACAACAGCGAGAUUAUUUAAUGGAAAGACGGGACCUCGCCAUUGAUUUCAUUUUUUCUUUAGUAUUAAUAGAAGUUUUGAAACAGAUUCCACUUCAUCCUGUAAUAGACAGUCUAAUACAUGAUGUUAUUAACUUGGCUUUCAAGCACUUUAAGUACAAAGAAGGGUACCUUGGUCCUAACACUGGAAAUAUGCACAUCGUGGCAGACCUGUAUGCAGAAGUCAUCGGAGUGUUGGCACAAGCUAAAUUCCCUGCUGUAAAGAAGAAAUUUAUGGCUGAACUAAAAGAAUUACGGCACAAAGAGCAGAGCCCAUAUGUCAUUCAGAGUAUUAUCAGCUUGAUAAUGGGGAUGAAAUUCUUUCGAAUUAAGAUGUAUCCAGUGGAAGACUUUGAGGCCUCUCUUCAGUUUAUGCAGGAAUGUGCACAUUAUUUCCUCGAGGUCAAAGACAAAGAUAUCAAGCAUGCCUUGGCUGGGCUUUUUGUUGAAAUUCUUGUCCCAGUUGCUGCCGCUGUUAAAAAUGAAGUCAAUGUUCCCUGUCUUAGAAACUUUGUGGAAAGCCUAUAUGACACCACGCUGGAACUUUCUUCUCGAAAGAAGCAUUCAUUGGCCCUGUACCCCCUGGUGACCUGUCUUCUCUGUGUCAGUCAGAAGCAGCUGUUCCUGAACAGGUGGCACAUUUUCCUCAACAACUGCUUAUCCAACCUUAAAAAUAAAGACCCCAAGAUGGCUCGAGUUGCACUGGAAUCUCUGUACAGGUUACUCUGGGUUUACAUGAUUCGAAUUAAAUGUGAAAGCAACACAGCUACUCAGAGCCGUCUUAUAACCAUCAUCACAACACUUUUCCCCAAAGGGUCCCGUGGUGUGGUGCCCAGGGAUAUGCCUCUGAACAUCUUUGUGAAAAUCAUCCAGUUCAUUGCCCAGGAACGUUUAGAUUUUGCAAUGAAGGAAAUUAUUUUUGAUUUUCUCUGUGUGGGAAAACCAGCAAAAGCUUUCAGUCUCAACCCAGAGAGAAUGAACAUUGGCUUACGGGCCUUCCUAGUAAUAGCCGAUAGCUUGCAGCAGAAAGACGGCGAGCCCCCCAUGCCGGUGACAGGAGCGGUUCUCCCUUCAGGAAACACGCUGAGGGUGAAGAAAACAUACCUGAGUAAAACGCUAACUGAAGAGGAAGCCAAAACGAUAGGGAUGUCAUUAUAUUACUCUCAAGUACGAAAAGCUGUGGACAACAUUUUAAGGCACCUCGAUAAAGAAGUGGGAAGGUGUAUGAUGCUAACCAACGUUCAGAUGCUAAACAAAGAACCUGAAGACAUGAUCACGGGUGAGAGAAAGCCAAAAAUAGAUCUUUUCAGGACCUGUGUUGCUGCUAUCCCUCGACUCCUUCCUGAUGGGAUGUCAAAACUUGAACUUAUUGACUUGCUGGCAAGGCUCUCUAUUCAUAUGGACGAUGAACUGCGACAUAUUGCACAAAAUUCACUUCAAGGUUUACUUGUUGACUUCCCCGACUGGAGAGAAGAUGUUCUAUUUGGCUUUACCAACUUCCUCCUCCGGGAAGUAAACGACAUGCACCACACGCUCCUUGAUUCAUCCCUGAAGUUACUGCUGCAGCUGCUCACCCAGUGGAAGCUGGUCAUACAAACUCAAGGCAAAGUCUACGAACAAGCCAACAAGAUCAGAAAUUCAGAGCUAAUUCCAAAUGGCUCCAGCCACAGAAUUCAGUCGGAGCGUGGUCCCCACUGCAGUGUUCUUCAUGCUGUUGAAGGCUUUGCUCUGGUUUUACUCUGCAGUUUCCAGGUGGCCACACGCAAACUGUCCGUUUUAAUACUCAAGGAAAUUCGAGCUUUAUUUCUUGCCCUGGGUCAACCUGAGGACGAUGACAGGCCUAUGAUUGAUGUCAUGGAUCAGCUAAGUUCUUCCAUUCUCGAAAGUUUCAUUCAUGUAGCGGUUUCAGAUUCGGCCACAUUACCGCUGACCCACAGUGUGGAUCUCCAGUGGUUGGUGGAGUGGAAUGCAGUCCUGGUCAAUAGCCAUUAUGAUGUGAAGAGCCCUUCCCAUGUCUGGAUAUUCGCUCAGUCUGUCAAAGACCCCUGGGUCCUCUGCCUCUUCAGUUUCCUCCGGCAGGAGAACUUGCCCAAACACUGCCCCACGGCCCUCAGCUACGCCUGGCCAUAUGCCUUCACUCGGCUCCAGUCGGUCAUGCCUCUGGUAGACCCAAAUAGCCCAAUUAAUGCCAAGAAAACCAGCACCGCCGGCAGCGGAGAUAAUUAUGUUACCUUGUGGAGAAACUACCUUAUUCUUUGUUUUGGAGUUGCAAAACCCAGUAUUAUGAGCCCGGGACACUUAAGAGCUUCCACUCCAGAAAUAAUGGCGACCACACCUGAUGGUACAGUGAGCUACGAUAACAAGGCCAUAGGCACCCCAUCGGUGGGCGUUCUGUUAAAGCAGUUGGUGCCUCUGAUGAGACUAGAGGGCAUUGAGAUCACAGAGUCCUUAGUUUUAGGAUUUGGAAGAACAAAUUCCCUUGUUUUCAGAGAAUUGGUAGAAGAACUUCAUCCAUUAAUGAAAGAAGCCCUGGAACGAAGACCAGAGAACAAAAAACGCCGAGAACGGCGGGAUUUGUUAAGGCUACAACUACUUAGGAUUUUCGAACUUCUGGCUGAUGCUGGUGUCAUAAGUGACAGCACAAAUGGAGCCUUAGAACGGGAUACGUUAGCCCUUGGAGCUUUGUUCUUAGAAUAUGUGGACUUGACCCGCAUGCUUCUAGAAGCUGAAAAUGAUAAAGAAGUUGAAAUUCUUAAAGACGUCCGGGCACAUUUUAGCGCAAUGGUCGCCAACUUGAUUCAGUGCGUUCCAGUCCACCACCGAAGAUUUCUGUUCCCCCAGCAAAGCCUGAGGCAUCAUCUUUUCAUCUUGUUUAGCCAGUGGGCAGGACCCUUCAGCAUUAUGUUCACCCCUCUUGACCGCUACAGUGACAGAAAUCAUCAAAUUACACGAUACCAGUAUUGCGCAUUAAAGGCAAUGUCGGCAGUGUUGUGCUGUGGCCCUGUGUUUGACAAUGUGGGCCUUUCCCCUGAUGGCUACCUCUAUAAGUGGCUUGACAACAUUUUGGCUUGUCAAGAUUUACGAGUUCAUCAACUUGGCUGUGAAGUUGUCGUCUUGCUAUUGGAACUUAAUCCCGACCAAAUUAAUCUUUUUAAUUGGGCGAUUGACCGGUGCUACACAGGCUCCUACCAGCUUGCAUCUGGCUGCUUCAAAGCCAUAGCAACUGUGUGUGGAAGCAGGAACUAUCCCUUCGACAUAGUGACCUUGUUAAACCUUGUUCUAUUCAAGGCCUCUGACACCAACCGAGAAAUUUAUGAAAUCUCCAUGCAACUCAUGCAGAUCCUGGAAGCAAAGCUUUUUGUUUACUCGAAGAAAGUCGCUGAACAGAGACCUGGCAGUAUUCUCUAUGGAACGCACGGCCCGUUGCCACCCCUCUACAGCGUGUCACUAGCCCUCUUGUCAUGUGAACUGGCCAGGAUGUACCCCGAGCUCACCCUCCCGCUCUUCUCAGAGGUCAGCCAGCGGUUCCCCACCACACACCCAAAUGGCCGUCAGAUCAUGCUCACCUACCUGCUGCCCUGGCUGCACAACGUCGAGCUGGUGGACAGCAGGCUCCUGCUCCCGGGAUCAAGCCCCAGCAGCCCAGAGGAUGAUGGCAAGGACCGAGAAGGAGAAGUGCCCGCUUCACACGGGCUGCGAGGCAGUGGCUGGGGCUCCCCGGAAGCUACGUCCCUGGUCCUGAAUAACCUCAUGUACAUGACGGCCAAGUAUGGAGAUGAAGUUCCUGGACCAGAAAUGGAAAAUGCUUGGAAUGCUUUAGCCAACAACGAGAAGUGGAGCAACAACCUUAGGAUCACCCUGCAGUUCCUGAUCAGCCUGUGUGGCGUUAGCAGCGACACGCUUCUCUUGCCCUAUAUUAAAAAGGUGGCGAUAUACUUGUGCCGUAACAACACCAUUCAAACCAUGGAGGAGCUUCUCUUCGAGCUGCAGCAGACGGAGCCGGUGAAUCCCAUCGUCCAGCACUGUGACAACCCGCCCUUCUACCGCUUUGCGGCCAGCAGCAAGGCCUCUGCGGCAGCCUCGGGUACCACCUCCAGCAGCAACACAGUGGUCGCCGGCCAGGACAGUUUCCCAGAUGCUGAGGAGAGCAAGAUAUUGAAAGAAUCUGAUGAGAGGUUUAGUAACGUCAUCAGAGCCCACACCCGCCUAGAGUCAAGAUACAGUAAUAGCUCUGGAGGAUCAUACGAUGAAGAUAAAAAUGACCCGAUUUCUCCCUAUACGGGCUGGCUGUUGACUAUAACGGAGACCAAACAGCCACAGCCCUUACCCAUGCCUUGUACUGGAGGAUGCUGGGCCCCCCUGGUUGACUACCUCCCAGAGACCAUCACUCCCCGGGGGCCCCUCCACAGGUGCAAUAUUGCUGUAAUUUUUAUGACUGAGAUGGUGGUGGAUCACAGUGUGAGAGAAGAUUGGGCUCUUCAUCUACCAUUAUUACUCCAUGCUGUCUUCUUAGGUUUGGACCAUUACCGGCCUGAAGUCUUUGAACACAGCAAAAAAUUGCUUCUUCACCUCUUGAUUGCCCUCUCUUGCAACAGCAAUUUUCAUGCCAUUGCUUCUGUGCUCCUGCAGACUCGAGAGAUGGGUGAAACUAAGACUCUAACAGUUCAGCCAGCUUACCAACCGGAAUAUCUCUACACAGGUGGCUUUGACUUCCUGAGAGAGGACCAGUCAUCCCCAGUGCCAGACUCGGGGCUAAGCUCCAGUUCCACGUCCUCCAGCAUCAGCCUCGGGGGCAGCAGUGGGAAUCUCCCGCAGAUGACCCAGGAGGUGGAAGACGUGGACACAAACGCUGAAGCAGACGAGAAGGCGAACAAGCUCAUUGAGUUUCUGACGACCAGGGCAUUUGGUCCACUUUGGUGCCAUGAAGAUAUCACACCCAAAAAUCAAAAUUCAAAGAGUGCUGAACAGCUCACUAAUUUUCUACGUCAUGUUGUAUCUGUAUUUAAAGACUCCAAAUCAGGUUUCCAUCUGGAGCAACACUUGAGUGAAGUCGCAUUGCAGACAGCCCUCGCAAGCUCUUCGAGGCACUAUGCCGGUCGGUCCUUCCAGAUAUUCCGGGCGCUCAAGCAACCUCUGUCUGCACAUGCUUUGUCUGACCUUCUCUCCAGACUGGUGGAGGUGAUUGGAGAACAUGGAGAUGAGAUUCAGGGUUACGUAAUGGAGGCACUCCUUACCUUGGAAGCCGCCGUGGAUAACUUGUCCGACUGCCUGAAGAACAGUGAUCUCUUAACAGUGUUAUCUCGCUCUUCAUCACCAGAUUUAAGCUCUAGCACUAAACUAACAGCAAGCAGAAAGAGCACAGGACAACUAAAUGUGAACCCUGGGGCAGCCAGUGGCAACACAGCAACUGCAGAACGGAGCCGGCAUCAAAGAAGCUUUUCUGUGCCCAAGAAGUUUGGUGUUGUCGACCGAUCCUCAGACCCACCCAGGAGUGCCACACUGGACAGAAUUCAGGCUUGUACCCAACAAGGCCUCUCCUCAAAAACCAGAAGCUCAUCCUCCUUGAAGGACAGCCUCUCGGACCCCUCACACAUAAACCAUCCAACCAACCUAUUGGCCACCAUCUUUUGGGUCACAGUGGCUUUGAUGGAAUCUGAUUUUGAGUUUGAAUACCUAAUGGCCCUAAGGCUGUUGAAUAGACUACUGGCUCACAUGCCACUUGAUAAAGCUGAGAACCGAGAAAAACUUGAGAAACUCCAAGGGCAGCUUAAGUGGUCAGACUUCUCAGGGUUGCAGCAGCUACUGCUGAAAGGAUUCACCUCCCUCACCACCACCGACCUUACCCUCCAGCUUUUCAGUUUGCUGACACCAGUAUCCAAAGUAUCCAUGGUGGAUUCAUCCCAAGCCAUUGGGUUUCCACUGAAUGUGUUGUGUCUCCUGCCCCAGCUGAUUCAGCAUUUUGAAAAUCCCAAUCAGUUCUGCAAGGAUAUAGCCGAAAGGAUUGCUCAGGUGUGUUUGGAGGAGAAGAACCCCAAACUUUCCAAUCUUGCACAUGUCAUGACCCUGUACAAAACACACAGCUACACGAGGGACUGUGCCACAUGGGUCAACGUAGUCUGCCGGUACCUUCACGAAGCAUAUGCUGACAUCACCUUGAACAUGGUGACCUACCUGGCUGAGAAAUGUGUUUCUAGCACAUUUUGUUCCAAGCCGCUGGGGUCCAUCUGUGCUGCAAAUACACAGCAAAUGGAAUGUAUUCUGUGUAGCCGCUCCGGUGUAACACACAAGGUCAUGAAAGCUAUGAGGCAAGUGGUCACUAACAGCCACCAUUCCCAUCAGAGUGUUCACUGGAGAGAAGCUUUGAAUAUCCUGAAACUGGUCGUUUCUCGGUCUGCGAGUCUAGUUUUGCCUUCCUACCAGCACAGUGACCUCUCAAAGAUAGAAAUGCAUCGAGUGUGGACCAGUGCUUCGAAGGAAUUACCUGGAAAAACCCUAGACUUCCACUUUGAUAUUUCAGAGACACCAAUCAUCGGGAGGCGAUACGAUGAGCUGCAGAACUCUGCUGGGCGUGAUGGGAAGCCCAGGGCGAUGGCCGUCACCAGGAGCACGUCCUCCACCUCAUCUGGCUCCAACUCCAAUGUCCUUGUUCCUGUAAGCUGGAAAAGGCCCCAGUAUUCUCAGAAGAGGACAAAAGAGAAGUUGGUGCACGUCCUUUCUCUGUGUGGCCAAGAAGUAGGAUUAAGCAAAAAUCCAUCAGUGAUUUUCUCAUCGUGCGGGGACUUGGACCUGCUGGAGCACCAGACCAGCUUGGUGUCGUCCGAGGACGGCGCCCGGGAGCAGGAGAACAUGGAUGACACGAACAGCGAGCAGCAGUUUAGAGUCUUUAGGGACUUCGAUUUCCUCGAUGUGGAGCUGGAGGAUGGAGAGGGCGAGAGUAUGGACAAUUUCAACUGGGGAGUGCGCAGGCGUUCUCUGGAUAGUUUGGACAAGUGCGACCUGCAGCUUCUGGAGGAGCACCAACUUGCAGGAAGGUCUCCCAGCCUAAACAAGAUGAACCAUGAGGAUUCUGACGAGUCCUCCGAAGAAGAGGACCUCACAACCAGCCAGAUCCUGGAGCACUCGGACCUCAUCAUGACUCGUUCCCCUUCUGAGGAGACUAAUCCCUUGGAAUCGCUCACGGCAGCCUGUGACAUGACCCCUGCAGACCCGCAUUCCUUCAACACCAGAAUGGCCAGCUUUGACGCGUCUCUGUCUGACAUGAAUAAUCUGCAGAUUUCUGAGGGCUCCAAGGCUGAAGCUGUCCAGGAGGAGGAGGACACUGCCGUGCAUGAGGACGAUCUUUCCAGUUCUGUGAACGAAGUCCCAGCAACUUUCGAAUGCAGUGGUAGCUUUAGCCUGGACAUGACUGAGGCAGAAGAAAAAGGCAAUCGAGCACUGGACCAGUUUACUCUUGCAAGCUUUGGAGAAGGGGACAGGGGCGUCUCCCCCCCUCCCUCGCCCUUCUUCUCCGCCAUCCUUGCUGCGUUUCAGCCCGCAGCCUGUGACGAUGCCGAGGAAGCCUGGCGCAGCCACAUCAACCAGCUCAUGUGUGACUCGGACGGCUCCUGCGCGGUGUAUACGUUUCACGUGUUCUCCUCCCUGUUUAAGAAUAUUCAGAAAAGGUUCUGCUUCCUAACCUGUGACGCUGCCAGUUACCUAGGAGACAACCUCCGGGGAAUCGGGUCCAAGUUUGUCAGCUCCUCUCAGAUGCUCACCUCCUGCUCCGAGUGCCCUACCCUCUUUGUGGAUGCUGAGACUCUCCUUUCUUGUGGACUUCUGGACAAGCUCAAGUUCAGUGUCUUAGAACUGCAGGAAUAUUUGGAUACCUACAACAACAGGAAAGAGGCCACGCUCUCAUGGCUUGCAAAUUGUAAGGCAACAUUUGCAGGAGGAUCAAGAGAUGGAGUAAUUACCUGUCAACCAGGGGACUCGGAAGAAAAGCAAUUGGAGCUGUGUCAGAGAUUGUAUAAGCUACACUUCCAGCUGCUGCUGCUCUUUCAGUCCUACUGUAAGCUCAUCGGCCAGGUGCACGAGGUCAGCUCCAUGCCAGAGCUGCUAAAUAUGUCCAGGGAACUGAGUGACUUAAAGAAAAACCUGAAGGAGGCCACUGCGGCCAUUGCAGCGGACCCUGUCUAUCUAGAGGGUGCAUGGUCUGAGCCCACCUUCACGUCCACCGAAGCAGCCAUCCAGUCCAUGCUGGACUGCCUGAAGAACAACGAACUUGGCAAGGCUUUACGGCAGAUCAGGGAGUGCAGAAGUCUGUGGCCCAAUGACAUCUUUGGAAGCAGCUCUGAUGAUGAGGUCCAGACACUACUGAAUAUUUACUUCCGUCAUCAAACUCUGGGACAAACGGGUACUUACGCAUUGGUGGGGUCUAACCAGAGCCUGACCGAAAUCUGCACCAAGCUGAUGGAGCUGAACAUGGAGAUCCGGGACAUGAUCCGCAGGGCCCAGAGUUACCGAGUCCUCACAGCCUUUCUUCCAGACUCCAGUGUUUCUGGCACUAGUCUCUGACAGGAGCCUCCCAGCCCCCAUGGGCUCCAAGCUGGGGGUGCUGUCAUGCUGGGGUGACGUCAUUCAGUGUCUUUUCAGCCUUCAGAAGGCUUGGUCAGACUGUUCUCCCUCUUGUUACCUGUAGGACUUUUUCUAAACAGGAUGAUAGAACUUCCAACGUGUAGCAAUACUAUAAGAACCAAGGUAGCAUAGAACAUUCUGGGACAGACUCCAUCUGUCAUCUGUGUGGCACAAAGGGUUAUCAUUUUACUGAGCAGAUGCAACUCACUACUGAGGAAAGUGACUUCCAUUGCAUACCAAAGCCAACUACACUGAACAAUACCUUCCUUUCUAGAAACAAUUUUAGAUUGGCAAAAGUGCAAUGUUUUCUUCACUAAAAAAUGUUUUAUAUUCUAAAACUUGUACAUUCUUUUAGUUUUCCUUUUUUUUUUCCUCUUUUAUUUUUUUGGUGGGCUGAGGAAGGGACAGGCAGAAUGAAGCUGGCCACUGAAAAUUUUAAGAUGGUCAAAAGCCGACAGCCUGUAUAUGUGAAAAGGGAGUUGUAAAUGGACAAUUUACUAUACACUGUAAUUUGAAUACAAUUACUGUAUCUAAAAGGAGCUGCUAUGAAGUACCUUUCUUAUGUUGCUAGGCUACUGUUUCUGAAAGCCCUGGAUCUCUUUGCAGGAGUCUGUGAUUAGGACCCUAGCCCCAAAUACGGUCCAGACAGGCCUUUUUGUAAAGGUCUUGGCUGCUUUUUACUAGACGGUUGCUUAUAUGAGCAUAUUUAUACUACAAAAGGAUAAGUGUUGAUUUUAACCAACUUUGCCAUUUUUUAGGAAAAAAAGUUAAAGAAAUUCACAUUACAAAUUCUGAGUCUUUUCACCGGUCACGCAUGCAUAUUUUAAUAUCUAUUUCAAUAGCCAGAAGUAGAAUCAUAAAGAUAAACUAUGAGUUGUCACUUUGUUACUUAAGAGAUGUCAUAUUUUAUUUGUAACAUAUGUAAAGGGCCGUUCUUCAGUUUUCUCCUUAAACUUAAUGCUGUCAAGUGUUAGAUGUGUGCAUGUAAACCUGUUGCACAUCAGAAACAUAUUCAAUGUUUAUCUAUGUAACUUAUUCACUCUGUAAAUACAUUUAAAGUUUUUGUGAUGUAAUCUUGGUUGAUAUUCUAUUCAGAACUUCCUUUAGACUUAAAACAAAAAAAAAAAAGACAAACUACA